GAAGCAUUUUCAAUAUUUCAUAUAUUUCCUUGGUGAAUAUAUGAAAUAAAAUAAUUAUAAUUAUAUAACUUUUAUCGUUUUUGGUUGUAAAGCAAUAACUAUGAGUUUUUUUUAUUAUAGUACAAAUCAAUAUCAACCACCACUACAAUAUUACCCUUAUACUUCUCCACAAUAUUACUCUUCACCCCCUUCACCACAAUAUUACCCUUCACCACAAUAUUAUCCUUCACCACAAUAUUACCCUACGCCAACACAAUAUUAUAUUCAAUAUGUUUACCCUACGCCCCCUACGCCCCCUACGCAAACUCAAAGUAUAACUGUCCCUCGGGAAUAUAAAGAAAAGAAACAAAGUCGUCAAAGAAGUUCACCAGCUUCCAGAUCUACCGGUGAACAAAGUUUACUACAAGAACUCAAUACUCUGGACGAAGCUUAUUUUGUUCAUAAUUAUAUAAGCAAAAAAGAAUACGAAGAAUAUCGUCAGAAAGUUAUAAAUAAAUGGAGGGGUAAGUUAAAAAAGAAAGUUUUUAUUAUUCAAUGUUACAAGUAUUUAACCUCUGUUUAUCUCAUAGGACAAGAAAAAAAAUCUUUCUGGAACAGAAUGUGGGAUACCGCAUGCCGUUAUGGCAAUUCCAUCUUCAAGAAUUUGCUUACACCCAUAAUUUCCAAUUUGGGUAGUUCAUUGAUUGGAGGUUUUGCAGGUCAUUCAGGUUUUAUCGGCCAAUGAAGUGAAAUACAAUCAAUUACUCGGUGAUCAUUGCAGGGUCAGGGUCCCAAUGAGUUUAUGAGUCUGUAUUUUACGUAAAUUUUAUUUGUGGCGCAUGUAAACUCCAAAUUUUUGUUAAAUAAAUCGACAUUCGUUCUUAAGUUAUUAUUAAAUUAAAUUUUGAAUUGAUCGUGUUAUUAAAAU